AUGUCAGCACUCACGUCCGACUCCCUAAAACAAAUAAUUCAACAACGUCUAAAUGCAGAACUAGUUCAAGUUGAAGACAUGUCAGGCGGAUGUGGACAGGCUUUUGCGGUAGUUAUUGUAUCAUCACUUUUCCAAGGUAAGAAUAAAUUAGCGAGACACAGAUUGGUCAACACUCAGCUACGGGAUGAGAUUGCGUCAAUUCAUGCAUUUACACAGAAGGGAUAUACGCCUAGUGAAUGGAUAGAGCUUGGUGGGAAAAUAUAA